CCGACAUCAGUUUCAUCGUCUCACAAACUGAUAGCAACCUAAUGCCUUCUGGCGCCUUGUCGUAAUGUAGCUGUUUUAAGUUGCAUUUUAAGUUUUAAAUAUUUAUCGCAAGCUUUUUGUGAACGAUUUCUGUCUUUACUUCUUGAAAUUUUCAACUUUUCGAUAGUUUUAUAAUUUAUUGCAAAAAUGACUGUCGCUGAAGAAGCAAUAUAUUCAUCUAUUUCUUCGCCACAGGUGGCGAUGAUCCUAGCUGUCUGUACUUUUGUGCCUUUUAUUAUUUAUUUGAUUUAUAAGUUCAGCAUCAAAGAAAAAUCUUUUGAGGAAGUACUUGAAGAGCAGAAGAGACGUAGUUUAGAAGAGGAAUUACGUCAGAAGUCAGAUAAAACUAAAAAAGAAAAGAAAUUCAAGAGAAGUUGGGCUAAGAAAAAGGAAAAAGCUGAACCAGAACCAACCUCGGAGCCUCCUCAAGUUGAAGUAAAGAAAGAGAUUCCUAUUAUUGAAAUAAUUGAACCAGUUGAAGUUAAGGCACCUAAACAGAAAGGUAAAAAAUCUGCUGAGCAAAAUUCGGAAAGUAAUCAUGUAGAUAAGACUAAGAAGGCAGAGGUUGCUGUUGGGGCAGAGAAACAAGAAAAGAAGGAAGAAAGUGAGAAGGUAAAGGCCUCUGCGAAGUCUGCAAAGGUUGAAAAGGAAGCUGAGAAAGUUAAGGCUGUAUCAAAACCUGUUGAAACUGUGAAACCCAAGGAAGAAGUUGUGGUUGAAAAAUCUGCUCCAAGCAAUCCUCCGCAAGCUUCAGUUUCAGCUUCUACUUCAAGCAAAAAGAAGAAGAAAGAGCCAGUAGAGAAAGAUGUUGCACCUUUGACUGCUAGUAAAGUUCUGUCUCUCAUUAAGGAUGCUGAAUUAGACACUGAAGAAAUUCAGAAUUUGAUUGACAUUUUGUUAAAUAAGCAAAAGGACUCAACUAAAUGGACUAAAAGGAAUGAUCAACUUGCUGAUGCAAAAAAGAGUCUUCACGAGAGAGAGCAGCAGUUGGACCUUGAAUUGCGUCAGAAUCAAGCUGUUGUUUCUAAACUGAAAGAUUUAAGAGACGAGUAUAAUUUAUUGAAAACUAAAUAUGUGACACUUGAAAAAACAAACCAGGAGAAAAUAAACAAGCAGCAUCAGGAGAUACAAACUUAUGCAACUCGUCUGAAGCAGGUUCAAGAUCAAUGUGCUGCUGAAAAGGAAAAAUUUGCUCAGCUGGAAAAACAUUUUGAGAAGAAAGUUAGUACUGCUUUGAAAAACGUUGAGGAUGAAAAAUUGAAACUUCAGUUGAAGCUGACCAAACUUGAAACAGAAUCUAUUGGUGUAACAAAGGCCGAAUUGGAAGCUGUGAAAAAGUCCAAGGAAGAUUUACAGAAAGUCCAUGCAUUGCUAAUUGAACAACAUACCCAGCUAGUUGGCGGCCACAAAGCAGAUCUGAAAAAUUUAAAUACCCAAUUGGUUGAUGUUAAGAAGCAAUUUGAAGAAGUCAGUGCCAAAAAUGUUAUUCUUUUGAAAGAUAUCCAAGUAUUAAAUGACACCAAAGCUGCUCUUGAAUUGUCUAAGAAAACUCUGGAAGAAAAACUUCACAAUGAGGAGAAACGUGUUGCUGAUCUGGAAGCGCAAAUAAAACAGUAUUCAUCAAGUGCUGACACCAUCAAUCAACUGCAGUCAGAAAUUAAAAAUCUACAAAAAGAGAAUGAAAGACUUGCUGAGCAGUUGGUUUCUACCAAAGAAAGAGUUGCUGGAGAUGGCCAAGAAGUUAUUCAUCAAAAUGGAGAAUUGAAUGGAAAACCACAGGAUUCGGAUCUGUUGAAAUCAUUAGAGGACAAAGAAAACCAGCUUAAGGAAAAAGAAACACAAUUGGUAAAAUUGAAUGAAGAAAUCAAUAAGUUGAAAGCUAAAAUUUCUAUUCUGGAUGAGGAAACUGAAAUGCAAAAGAAGAAAAACAAUGAGCUAAGGGAAAAGAAUUGGAAAGCUAUGGAUGCUCUAAAAGCAGCUGAAGAGAGUGCUGAACAGAAAAUCAAAGAAAUACAGACUGCAGCUGACAAAAAGCUGUCACAAGUCCAAAAAGAGCUUGAAGAAAAGCUAAAAUCUAAAGGUGGAAACCAGUCAAGUUCAUCAGAACUUAGUGAAAAAUUAACCAAAGUAGAAGCAGAAUUGGCAAAAAGAUUGUCGGACUAUAAUAGUGAAGUAGACAAGAAUAAAAAACUUACAGCUGAAGUUGAUAAAUUAAGUACUGAAAGAAAGAAUGCAGAAUCUAGGUUAGCUCAAAUGGAAGAAAGUGUUGAGAAUUUGAAACAUCAAAUUAAAGAAUAUCAAUUGAGAACAAGGGAGUGUCUGCAAAGGAUACAUCCUGAAGUUUCUAUAGAUAGCUCAUUGCCUUAUGAAUCUUGGAUUGCCGAGUUUGAAAAACAAGUUGAUCUUGUUGUACAAACCACUUCCUCAUCUGCUAGUGAAGUAGAAUAUAACAAAUUGAAAGAUCUUCUUGAAGAGAAGAGCAAAGAGCUUUCAGAAAAAGAGAAACACUUCUCACAAGUUCUUUCAGAAACGGAGUCUAUGCUCCAUUCUUUACAAAACACUGCGGAAGAGAAAGAAAAGCAAUGGCAAGAGAGGUUGAAUGAAAAAGAAUUACAGUUACAACAGCUCAAAACAGAAAGAGAUUCCUUAACAGCUGAAAAGGAAACACUACAAUCUACAUUCCAACAAAUGGGCCAGCUGGAAGAGUUGCAAGAAAAACUGAAAGAAUUGCAGAGCACUUUGGAGAGUGCAGAAAAUGAAAAGUCACAUGUGGAACAGAAAUAUGAAGAGGUUCAUAAAAAUUGUAUAAACCUUAGAGACCAGUUAGAAAAUAAAGAAAAACAAAUACUAGAGCUUCAGAAAGAAAAAAAAAGUGUUGAGCAUCUACAGCAGGAGGUAGAGGAUUUAAAAUCCAAACUAGAGAAGGAAAAGAAAAUUAGUAAAGACUUCUCAUCGCAAAUGAUCCGAUUAAAUUCCUUAGUCAAAAUAGGACAAGAUUCUCUUGUUGCUGAGCAAGAAAUGGUCAAGAAACUAAAAAGCCAGCUGGAGGCACAACAGGCUGCUGCUACUACUAAUGGAGGUACAACAGUUCCUGUAUCAACUCCUGUAGCCACUGAGUCUAAACCAAAGAAAAAGAGUUCAGAAAAAUCCAAAAAUAAAACGGAUGCUUCGGCUAAAAAAUAGACAUUUAUGUAGGGUGUCAUAAAUGUGAAAAAUUUUCCAGAAAAGUGCAUUUUUCAAAAACCUGUUUAUAUUAUAGACUCUUAUCAUUGUUUUACCAUGUUCCAGUUAAAAAUGUUUUGAACUCUAAAGAAAAAACAAUGUUAUAAAUGUGAAGAUGUAAUAUUCUUAUAUAAUUCAAUAGUGCCUGCCUUAUUUUUUUACCGAUCUUUCUGUCAUGAAUUUUUUAAAACUUGGGACUGUCCCUACUGUGUUAAGACUGAUAUCGUUAAAGUCAAAAUAUAAGUAUGCAAAAUGCUGUGCAUAAAGCAAAUUAAGAGAAUGUGUAGCAUAUAUGUAUGUUUCUAAUUAGUAUAUGUAAUAAAUGUUAAUAUAUUAUUUUUCAGAUAAAUGGAUUGAAUAAUUAAAUUAUUUAAAGUAUAUUUGUGCUUGGUGGUUUUUAUUUUGUGAAAUGAAUUUAUAAUGAAAAAUUAUUUUUUAAAAAACUUUAUGAAUUGUACAGAAUCAUCGAAUUUUAUCAUAUAUAUAUAUCUUGAAGCAUUUACUGAAUUUGAUAUUUAAAAAUAUAAUUCAGAAUCUUUUCCAUUUUGAUACUGUGAGAAGUUACACAUUUCUCUUCAGAUUUAAAAUUUCUACUUUUUAGUUUUAAAUGGAAUGUGAUUUUCUUUUAUUUGCAUAUAUAAUUUAAUUUUGUAAGUGUUGUGAAUAUAUUUCCUGUAAACCAAUUUGAAACAGUGGGUGAACUGGGACCAAAUAUUUUUAUUCAUCAAGAUAUUUUGUCUUCUCCAUUUCGUCAGUGAUUCUGUACUCAAUAUAUUUGUAUGUACUUUCUCACUUGGCUAUUGAUCGUGUCUAAAUCCCAAUGGUUGCAACGCUGGCAGUGUAACCGUAUUUUCUUGAAACAUGCUUGCUUUGUUGUUAUGGAAUAAAGUUUAUUAUUCGUAA